AUGACUGAUGAGAAUGAAGGCGAUGCUAUUCUGAGUACAGCGUCACUCAUCAAUUCAAAUGACAAAGAUCAAACAACAUCAGGUGUUCGAACUAAUAGCAUCAUUAUUGUCGAUCCUGAUACAUCUGUCUGUUCCGUUGUUCAAUCAAUCAAUAACGAUGACAACAAUAAUAAUAAUGAUGAUACACCGCCAUUUAGCUCCAUCUUUCUUACUGGUAUUUCAAUAAAUAUUUUUGGACUUAAAUGGAGUAUUAUUCUUGCCGAAGCUGGUUAUGUUUCUUAUGUUGCAGCCAAUAUUUAUCCUCUACCUUCACUCAUGUAUAUCAGUGCAGCUCUGGUUGGUCUUGCUGCUGGUCCAUUGUGGACAGCUAAAGCGACCUAUCUCAAUCGAAUUGCUAACUAUCAUGCACAGCAUAAGCAUCAAAGAGUUGAAGUGUCUGUUAGCUUAUUUUUUGGUAUAUUUUUUGGUUUCCUUGGUACAAGUACCAUUUGGGGUAAUAUCAUUUCGUACUUUGUACUCAAUCAAUCAAAUUAUCCACAGAAAGUUAAUUGUGGUAUCUAUUUCGAUCCACGAUCAUCUAUAUCCACUAAUAUAACUGGAGAUAUCAAUGAGAUAACAGUAAGAUACGUUUUAUUUUAUAAAAAAAUAAAUCAAACACAUGUCCGUUAUUGUACAUUGAAGCGUUAUAUUCUAUGUGGAACAUUCACUGGAAUGGGUAUCCUCUCGAUGGUACUUCCAUUUUUGAUACUCGAUCAAGUUGAACUUUCUAAACGACGUAAGUGA